UUAUCGGGAGAAAGGUCAAGGUUGGUUUAGUUUUUCGGUCUGACAACAACAGCAACACGUGCAAAAUGAGAUAGAAGAAGAAACUUCUUGUUAUAGCUGACCGAGAAUUAGCCACUAAUAUUUCCAAUACUUUGCCAUACAUGAUGGUGAAUAAUCUGACAUGAUGAAUGGUAGACAUAUGAUAGAUCUUGAUGCGAUUGGUUUGUCAUCUAAUAAGAUGAAUCUUAUUCCUAUUCCCAUGAUGGACUCCUCUAGUGAUAAAAAUUCACAUAGUUCAGGAGCGAUAAAGAACCAGCAGAUACUGUCCAUGUUUAAUAGUUUACAAUGUCAACUGAUGACUUUACAGAGUACGAUGGUCUCAUUACAAAUGAACCAGAAUGCAAUUCAAUCAACAGUCGAGAAUGUCUCUAAGAAAGUGUCAAAGAUAAACAGCAAAAUCGCUGUCAUGCAGACAAAUCUAGGGAUUGAUGGGAUGAAACCUUCCGAUGCUGAAAUACCAUCAGCCUCAGCUAAUGAUACAGAGGAAACCGAUCUGGAGAAUCAUCAGCGUAAAAAGAAACGGAAAAAAGACAAAUCAGUAAAAACAAAGGCAGUGGAUGCUUCAGAAUACCAAAAUAUAGGUGACAACCAUGCGGAAGUAAAUUUCAAUAUAUCAGAAACUGUUCACUUGUUGCAAAGUGAUGACGGUGUCGUAGAAAACGGUGGAAUCGGAGCAAAAAAAAAACUGAAAAGAAAUAAAACUGUAAGCCCAGAUUUAAAUGUCGUGUCUGCAAACAAUGAGCCAGAAGUUAUGGAAAUAAGUCGUGAAAUGCCAACCAUUUUAAUUGCGGAAAAGACCAAAAAGAAACGUAAAAGAAAUCGAAAGAGAAAAAGUUUGACACCUGUUCCCAAAACACCCACUCCACCUCUUCAACCGACUAAAGAUAUUAAAAUGAACUUGCCGAGUGAUCAACGUCCUAACAAUGUUAAAAUCAAAUUUGAAUCAGACUCUGAUAAUGAAAAUGUGGAGGGUGCACUUACCCCCCCUGUUCCGUCAACUUCAUUUAGAGUUAUUACCCCAGAAAUAUCUAGUGCUCGCAUGCCUUCUAUUCUAAAGCCUCGUUCCCAAACCCCCAAUUCGUAUCCCCGAGCAAGCAAUAAAAGCAUGCGUAAAAUGAGAGGUCUGCAAGUCACAGAGGUCCUGAAAGAGAUUCGAUUACAAACUACAACGAAUGGAAACGAGGAAGAUUUAAGUUUAACAGUAACUAAAGAUGAUUCAAACUCUUCAAGAAUUGUUUCAAUGAAACCGGGCAAAGAUUCUAGUACGAGUCAAAAACCUGAGAAUUCGAAACAAUCAGUGGAAGAAAUACCUGUUGAGGCAUCAGGUUGUUCUGACAAGGGAGAGAAUUCUCUAGAUAGUGAAUAUUUUGAGGCUAUACCAUUUAAAGAUUAUAAUACAUUCCCAGUGUUACAUGAUCCACCAAGAGCUGGUGAUAAAAUAGCUUAUAAGAUUUUAGAAUUGUCUGAAACCUAUUCUCCAGAAGUAUCAGCUUACAAGGAAGCUGGUGUUGUAUCAUAUGAUAAUGCUACAAAGAUGAUAAACCUUCAUUUGAUUGGUCAGAUCAAAACUAAAACAGAACCUGGUAAAUUUGAUAUUCCUGAUGAAACUGAACAGACAGAUUCAGAAUCUAAACUUCAAGAGUAUAAUAUUGAGUUAAAUUGGAAUGAACUUAUUGAACCCAAAUUGAUGAACUGACAAGAACAACUGGAGAAAGAAAUAUCAUUUUAUAUACAACUAUCUUGUGUGGAUAUUGGAACGUGUGAAUCCAGAGCUAUGAUUAUGUGGGUUAUAAACAUCGAUCUUUUCUAAAAAAAAAAAUCAGUGAAAUGAAAAGAAAUAUAUUGUGGAUAACUCGUGUCAGUUUGGAUUGUAAGGUAUUGAAAGGUGGUUGAAUGAUUUAACAUUCUGGUGACCAGGCUUAAGAGUAUUGUCCCCUGCAAAACCUUUCACUCAGAAGCAAACUAUUGUAUUGUUAGUUGGAAAUACACUGUAUAUAAAUAAACUAUAAACAUACUUUUGGAAAACAAAUACUGAUUUAUU